CAUCAUCAGUCAAAAAGUUAUAAAAGUCAAUCAAUUAUAAAAAAACGAUUUAAAAAUAUAUUUUCGAAGGCUUAAAUUGUAUUGCAUAUGCAAGUUAAGACGAAUUUACCGAUACCGCUGUUUCAUCUUCAUCAAUUGCAGAGUUGCAUACGCAAUUGACCGAUAGUUACCAUAGUUACGCGAAAAUAUCGAAAGUGUCAGCGUCAGUCUACUCAACGGAGAUUCACGUCGGCCGCGUUUUCUGAGGGCAAUAAAACUUUCUGCCUUAGACUUGUGCAACAUACAAAUAAAUAUAAAUAUCCACGCCAAAGCGAACGAUUGCGCGCUAAAAUAUCUCGAGCUAAAAGCAUAAGCAUAAUAAGCAGCAAGUGACCGUAAAAAUGUCGUCUAAAUCUCGACGCGCUGGCACCGCGACGCCGCAGCCCGGCAGCACCUCGACCCCGCGCCCCCCAUCAUCUGGGCCGCAGCAACAGUCAACGUCGUCGCAGUCGCAGUCGCAGCAACAGGCGAGCAGCCCGUUAAGCCCCACGCGCCACUCGCGCCUCGUCGAGAAGGUUGAGCUGCAGAAUCUGAACGAUCGUCUGGCCUGUUAUAUAGAUCGUGUACGCAAUCUGGAGACGGAGAACUCACGUCUCAGCAUUGAGGUGCAAACGACACGUGACACCGUUACCAGAGAGACGACCAACAUUAAGAACAUCUAUGAGACGGAACUGCUCGAAGCACGUCGCAUGCUCGACGAAUUGGCACGCGAACGUGCACGUCUAGAGAUUGAUACCAAGCGCCUGUGGGAAGAGAAUGAGGAGCUGACCUCGCGUCUGGAUAAAAAGACCAAGGAAUGCAGCGCUGCUGAGGCCAAUGCCCGCAUCUAUGAGUCGCGUGCCAAUGAGCUAAGCAAUAAAUAUACCCAGGCCAAUGCCGAUCGCAAGAAGGCAGUUGAUGAUUUAAACGAGGCACUAAAGGAGCUAGAUCGUCUGCGUAAGAAUCUAGAGGACUCGCGCAAGAAUCUCGAACAGGAGACAUUGGCGCGCGUUGAUCUCGAGAACAAUAUACAGAGCUUGCGCGAGGAGCUCUCACUGAAGGAUCAAGUUCACGUCCAAGAGAUUAACGAAUCGCGUCGCAUACGUCAAACCGAAUACAGCGAAAUCGAUGGCCGUCUAUCGUCCGAGUAUGAGGCUAAGCUGCAGCAAUCGCUGCACGAGCUGCGCAGCCAAUACGAAGAGCAGAUGCGUAGCAAUCGCGAGGACAUCGAAUCCCUGUACGAGGCCAAGAUACGUUCGCUGCAGGAUGCAGCCUCUCGCACGCACAAUUCGUCGCACAAGUCUAUUGAGGAGCUGCGCAAUUCACGCAUCCGCAUCGAUGGACUCAAUGCUAAAAUCAAUGAUCUGGAGUCAACCAAUGCGGUGUUGAAUGCCCGCAUACGUGAGCUGGAACAGCAGCUGGACAUUGAUCGCGAGCGUCAUGGCAAUGAUAUUGCAAUGCUCGAAAAGGAGCUGCUGCGUUUGCGCGAGGAAAUGGCACAUCAGCUGCAGGAGUAUCAGGAUUUGAUGGACAUCAAGGUCUCUUUGGAUUUGGAAAUUGCUGCCUACGACAAGCUGUUGGUGGGCGAGGAGGCGCGUCUGAAUAUAACGCCCGCCAAUUCGGCAACUGUACAAUCGUUCAGUCAAUCGUUGCGCAGCACCCGUGCCACGCCCUCACGUCGCACCCCAUCGGGUGGACUGAAGCGGAAGCGUGCCGUUGUCGAUGAGUCAGAGGAUCGCAGCGUAUCCGAUUUUUAUGUAUCUGCCAGUGCCAAGGGCAACAUAGAAAUCAAAGAGAUCGAUCCUGAGGGCAAAUUCGUGAAGCUGUACAACAAGGGCAACGACGAAGUAUCCAUUGGCGGCUGGCAGCUGCAGCGUUCCAUUAACGAUUCUGGACCGGCGACAACCUAUAAGUUCCAUCGUUCGGUUAAAAUUGAACCGAACGCCACGGUGACCGUUUGGUCAUCCGACUCGAGGGCCACGCACGAGCCACCAUCGAAUAUCGUGAUGAAGCAACAAAAGUGGAUUACGGGCGACAAUACAAAGACGACUCUGUUGAAUGGCGAUGGUGAAACGGUCGCCAAUUUGGAGCGCAUCAAACGCAUUGUCUCCACACAUGUGUCCUCCACACGCCUCAGCCGUCGGCGCAGUGUCAGCGCCGUUGAUGGCAACGAGCAGCUGUACCAUCAGCAGGGCGAUCCCCAGCAGGCGGGCGAGAAGUGCGCGAUUAUGUAAUAGCAGCCGAGCAUAUAAUAAUACACAGCCAGACAAGCACACACACACACAAACAACAACAAACAAAUAAACAAAACAAACAGACAGAAG